UAGCCUACUUGAUGGAAUAUUUUGCUGUUGUAAUUUACUGUCAAACACUUUCUAUUGAAUUGAAGUCUAAAGAGACAUUGUAAUCACUACCCAAGGUGGAUUUACUGUAUUUUUUAUUGUGCACAUAAACACAAAAUAAGAUAUCAAGAUGAUCAGGCAGGUCUUUCAUCUGUGAGCUAACGUUACGUGAGUCUGCUUUGAAUGAUAUUCAGACUGCUGUUCACACCGAAUGUCCUCUGCUCCACUUUUCCAGUAGCUCUUGUUUAUACACUUUCCGAUAUCACCUCGUUUUUCCCUCCCGAAUCUGUCCAGUACUCACAUUUGCAUGCAGACCAGUGAUUGGCCGCUCGUAUCUUACACCUCAAUAGACAGCCGUGUGCUGAUUGGCUCCUGCCAGAAGAGGGCAUGGAAUCCCUGCGACCAAAAACACACAUAAAAGGGAACGUGGAAAACCACAGAGGCAGACAAACGUCUACCUACUACAAGAGAACUUUGAGCACUAUCAGAGACCUUCUGCUAUAAUCUGUGUACAGAAAUCUCAGUCAAUCUACACUCAGUGUGCAAUUGCGCAGCUGUUUCUAUAGACAGCAACUUCACCAGAAGGCACAAGAGUUUGACUGGUCUACCUGUCUACUGACAGAGACUGUCAGUGACUGAGCGGUCAGUUGAAAGACCCUUUUAGAAGCAUAUCGUCAUCCAGACAAAAAGCAGCAUCAUGUCUCUAGAGGUGAAGGAAAAGACCCAGGUGAGGUUGGUGUUUCUGGGGGCGGCCGGGGUGGGCAAGACGGCCCUGAUCCGACGCUUCCUCCAGGAUACCUUCGAGCCCAAGCACCGGCGCACCGUGGAGGAGAUGCACAGCAAGGAGUACGACAUUGGCGGCUCUAAGGUCACUGUGGAGAUCCUGGACACCAGCGGCAGCUACUCCUUCCCUGCCAUGCGCAAGCUCUCCAUACAGAACAGCGAUGCCUUCGCCCUGGUCUACGCGGUCGAUGACGCAGAGUCGCUGGAGGCCGUCAAGAGCCUCCGCGACGAGAUCCUGGAGGUCAAGGAGGACAAGCACAUCCCGAUCGUGGUGGUGGGCAACAAAGCAGACCGAGCAGGAAGCGACCGGCAGGUGGCAGCUGAUGACGUACUGUCAACAGUGGAACUGGACUGGAACAACAGCUACGUGGAGACGUCGGCCAAGGAGAACGACAACGUGAUGGAGGUGUUUAGGGAGCUGCUACAGCAGACCAAUCUGCCCAGCCGGCUGAGCCCUGCUCUGAGGCGCCGCAGGGAGACCUUUCCCAAAGGAGACCCCAAGUGCAUCCGGCCACCCAUGAACAAGACCAACUCCUGCAUCAUCUCCUAAUGGGGCAGGUUGAAGUAGAAAGAGUGAGAGAGAGGGGGAAAGGGUGUGGGCUAGUACACCGAUUAAAGUGCUUCUGCACAAGAGGGAGAGGGAAACUUGAUAAUGUAUGGUCUGAAAAGGUUGAGGUGGAGGACUGCCAGUGUGCUGAAACGGAACUGAACUCACAAACAAUCUUGAUUCCACUUCUGCUUCCCUCGUGCAAGCGAUGGUGUUGAAAUGGGAAGAGAACGGGCGACAAUGAAUGGUUAUGAAAUAGGACUUGGUCCAACUAAUGUAAACAUUGUAAGGUCGGGAGAUAAGGGUGAAGAGGAGGCAAAGACGUCCAACUGCUCAAUUGUUUACUUAAUGUAAUGUGUUGCUGCUUGUUUGGUUAACAGGCUGCUGCUGUUUCAGUUUAGAUCAAUGUAUAGCUUUUGCAUUCGAUUGAUGAUAAUUUUGCAAUGUGCGUUUGACAUUCACUUGCAAUAAGACAUUUGACUGUUGCAAACAUACAAGAAGAGUAUUUAUUGACUGGGGUUUGUGCAAAGUUAAUGGUUUGAUGUAAAACACCAUCUAUUCAGUUGGAAAUUCACGUGUAGCACAGCAUUAUCGUCUACAAAAGACUCGCUUGUACGUUUUUUUUUUUUUACAUUGAUUUGCUAUUAAGCAUGACUUGAUUAAUGUGUGUAAAAAGUAGUGACAUGCAAAUGUCUACUACAUACGUUUUAUUCUAAACAUGUUUUAUUAUUAUGUUUUUUUAAUUCAUGAUUUAUACAUUAGACUGCUUUACAAGUGUCCAUUUUACAAUGGAAUGUUUACCCCAAAUAGCUAAAUAAAAAGUAC